UGAAGCGGGACCGGGACGUGCAGCUGGGUCAAAAAGUCAUGCUAGUACAACUAGAGCAUUUUCAUCUUCCUCGUCAGCUGUUGGCUCGUUUCUGUAUGAUAAUGGCAGUGGGCAAGAACUUGGUGCGAGAACUACGGUUGGUAGGAAUAGUGGUUUGAUCCUCAACAGUGGAAGUGGUGUGGAUCUUCCUGAAUCUGCUACUACAGACCCAUACGCCAAGCAAACGAGUCUGUUAAUUUUUAGCAGUUCCAUGCAGACUUAAGGCUCUCACUAAUUCAUCUUUGAUGACGUCGACUGUAUCCUUAGACGAAAAUUGUAAGUAAGUACGUAUUUAUGGGGUAGUAUUUAUUCCCUCCUCAAGGAGGAUGCAUCACUAAGUAGCGGAUGAAUUAGUACAGAGUGCAGGUCUAACAGACGUGGUUUCCUGGGUACGUCCAUGACAGAACCCGUGACGUCCUUUGUAUCAGAUUUUAUGCAAACGGAGAGAUGAAGGAGAAAAAAUUGUCACCGAAUUCAAGCUGCAUUCGAAAAAGCAUUGAUCAGCCGAGGUAAAAUCCUUAAUGUGUCGCUCUUCGUUCGAGAAGAAACAUCGACAUGAUUUUCGACUUGACCCUACGUACUUCUAGUAGUUCUACCUACUGUCAUGAUUUGAAAACCGAAUGAAGAUAUUCUUUUUCAUAUUCUCUAUGUAUAAAAAGAAAAUGAAAAAUUACAACGCUUUAUCCCUGACUACCACCAACAUUGAUUAAUCAAAGAACCCAGGUCUUCCAGCGAAUCCCUCAAUGCUUUUGCAAAUCGGAUUUCAAGUCUUUUACCUCCUGGUUUCGAAGUCGUAGAAUCACGAUCUACACCAGGCAAAUCCAGCUAUCUCGAAACUACCUCCGGAGUGCGUUUUGCUUCUCUAAAUUAAGGCUGUAGUUAAAGCUAAUUCAUCCUUGCCUGCAUCCUUGAAACGUAUGGGGGAGUAUCCUACGGGAAUACUCUGCCAUAUUUUUCAAGGUGGGUGCAGCUGAGCGAUGAACUACGGAGAGCUCUAACCAGACCUAGCGUGGGAACAUCAUUUCUUCACUGAGCCUCAAGAAGAAGGAGUUGCAGCAACCUCAUUCGGUGACAUAGGUGCAGGUGAAAGAGCUGGUGGACGUGCUACAACAACUGCAACUUCUUCUGGUGGUCAACUGGUUCCGAUCAUGGAGAUGAGCCAAGAAGGUAGAGCAGGAAGUGUUAGUACGCCUGGGAGUGGUGGAGGUGCUACUUCGCAAAACGCUGCAGCAUUCUCUUCGGUUCGUGGAGAACGGCUUCUAGAACAUGACGGGGCGACCAGUGCCAACGAAAGGGCCCAGGUAGAAGUCGGACGCUUCACUUAUUCACCAGUGAUGUCUACGUCAGAACAACACGCGUCGUUACAAGAACUACCUUCUUUUCCUGCAGGUGUGUUGAACACGGCACGACCCGAUUUGGCAUCUCAACAGGCUGCUUUUUCGCGACAGUAUAAUGUCAGAAGUGCUGACCCGUCUUUAGUCCCAGUUGGAGCUAGUCCUGCUUCAGCGUCUACAACGCCAUUCCACUUUCCGCCAACAGGAGGUGCAGUACAACCAGGAGGACAAACACAAAGCUAUCAACAUCUUCUUCAGGGUGUAGGAUCCUGUGUAGGAUCCUCGACCUCAUCUUCUUUCCAAACACCACAAAACGAUAACAUCAACCAGGCUAAUCCCGCCAAGCGUCCUGCACCCCAGGAGCAACUCCCACACCCCACUUCGAUCAUAGAGCAGAGGAGACAGGAAUUGCUGAGGGAGAAGAUCCUCAAUAGGCCUAGCGAUCUCCCUGACUUCGGAGCGCCGCCAGAUAACCAAGCUGCUUAUCUGAAGAGUAAUGAAAUGAAAGCGUUAAGAUCAGAAGAUGGAGAAAGUGGAAUAGGUGGCAACGGAGCUCUUCCUGGCAGCGUUCCUAAAGAUUUCGCAUCAGAAGGAACAGAUCAAGCGAGUGCUGCGGAAAGGUUGUUUCAGAAUUCGUUUGCGCGUGCUGAGGGAGCGAGGAAAAAGGUACAAGAACUUGUGGUAUAAUUUCCUAUUUCUUUUUAAGUAGAAUGUAAGCUACGUGUUAAUAGCGUACAACAUGAUGACGAUCAACAUGUGAUGCAACUACAACUGGUUCGUUUUACUCUCAUCCAGAUCCAUUAACACCACCAUGAUCUUCAACUCCCCUCUCACAAAUCAGGUCGCAGAAAAUGUUUGGAUGAAUGAUCCGUUUCACGGUUGGAGCAAAGGCCAAGGUGGUGGAGCAACCUCCUCGUCUACGGAUGUGCAACCACAGCUACUACAGGCAAAGGAACUGUUGUUCUCUUCCGCUCCUCUCGCUCUGGGAACAACAACUGCAGGUUUAGGACCAUUUCAUCCUGCAGGUGGAGCGGCCGCGCCACCACCAGCACCAUUGCGAGAUCCGACAUUACCAAGUUUUUCAGGUGGGCAGUCGUCAUCGUCGAGCGUGCAGAAUCCACCAGGUUUUUCACAGCCUCCUUUACCUGCCUUUUCCUCUAAUCAGGCUAGCUUGUCUGCUGUUCCUGGUAGACAAUUUCAGUUCAAUACUUCUUCCUUUUCCUCAUCCUCGCAUGUAUUUGGGGAUCAUGUUGGAGGCUACUUGUUUAACAAAAACCAACACCAACAAGUCAUACCAGAAAGAAUCCCUUGUCCCCAUAUUCCCGAUGUAGCUUUUGGCGCUUAUGACGGACCAGAAAGACUUGUGGCGUUAGCUCCUGGAUAAUUAUGACAUGGAUGAAUGAU